UUGCAGUGACCGUGAUACGGUUGACAUGUCAAUCGAGAGCAAGUAUAAAAAGGGCCACGAAGUUCUUCAACUAUCCUUCAGUCUCGUUUCCACUACUGCUCAACCAUGAAGAUUUGGCUUUUCGCUGUCGUUUUGGCCUUCGCCGUAGCUGCCGCAUCAGCAGCAGCCGUAUCAGAAGUUGCUGCCGGAAAAUAUCUUGCCAAAGAUAAAACCGAUGUCGAUGUAGCUGUCACUGACGUCCCUGAAGCCGAAGCUGAUGCUGAAGCCAAGGUUGAAACUGAAGGAGAAGAAGAAUCCGAGACCGAAGGCAAAGAAGGAGAGAAAGAAGAAGAAGGUUCUAACGAGUCUUCAUCCGAGGAAAACGAAGAAGAAGAAAAAGAAGAGGAGGAAAGCAGCACCAAUCAUCAAGCUGAUGAACAAGUCACAACAGUUAAAGUGCUGGGCUACGUCCCCGUCGUUUACACGACUGAGACCUACGUCAAGCCCACUUACGUUCCCACAGCAGCGGCCUACAUCAAAUCGAAUUACAUUCAGAUUCCAGGGCCGGUCUACAAGCCAGUAGUCACCACCGAAGCCCCAAAACCCACGGUAACAUACCCACGGUACAAUGUCGUCAAGACUGAAAUCUCCGCUCCCGCAGUCGUUGAAACGGUUGAAACACCCAAAACCGAGUCGAAAUACGUUAAACCAGUCGUAGCGGCUGUAGUAGAAACGACGACAAAGUACUCGCCCAUCGUUUUCGAAAAGCCCUCGUCUGCCCCAGUUGUCACUGUAAGAAAAUCCGGUUGGGUCCGUGCACCUGGAUACAAUCUCGGAUACGCCAGGUCGGAGAACAGCGAUCCGGCUGUAGUUGAAACGCCCAAAACGUCUGCCACGAGAAGCGAACCCCUGGCCACCGCUAAAACAGUGGUCAGUCCCCUGGCUGAUCGCCAAUGGUUCUACAAACCGCAGUAAUCUAUAAAUGAUUGCCCAACGGUCGUUUAAAAAACAAACAUUUCAUCGUAGGAAAAUUUCUAGCGUGUUCGCAUUGUUAAUCCUAUUAUUGUAUACAAACCUUGUUCAGGCAUUUAUAUAGCCGCAAUGGUCUGUUACAUAACAUGUGACACAUGCGCUUGCAUUUACAAACAACUCUCAAUUUACUAUAAUUUAUAUAAUCACGCUCACGCUAUAUAAUGAUACACCUAUCCAUUUUCACAUUUAGAUAAAAAUAUAUGUGUAAAAGCGAGAAAAAAAAAUGAUUGUAUUUUUUGUUGUGUUAAUCGAUUCAUCUAACUUUUUAAAAAGAGUCCUCGAUGACAUAUCGGACCCAGUAGUAGACGUAUGGAAAGAUAAAUUUAGAUAUGGGCGUUGGCUAGGGUGUAUUUUGCAGUAGGCAAUAGAUGAUCACAGCCGGUUUUAUUUGGGGACGUCUUCUUUCACUUUUUUCCAAAUACCAAAACAAGUUCUAUCUUUCAAAUCUUUUGAAUUUUAUUUUUAAACGUAACUUGAAUACAUUUUUUGACGCGAGCUGACGCCAGAUCGCGAUGCACGGCGCAUAGAAAGUGAAGGAGCGUGGAAUUUGGUCCCUGUGAAGUUGCGGAACCGGCCUAAAGAACAACUUUUUUUUGGGGGGGAGGGGGGGGGGGGUUGUCGCAUUUUCUUCUUUUUUUUUUAGAGGUCGCCCAGUCGUAUGCAGGGCGUGAAUUCGUCACAGAAAAGUGUGUAAAAUUGGUCCAGUUAUUUUGGAAGACAAGACAAAAAAAGGUAUUCGUGCACACGACCGUCUGGAAACGAAUAUAAUACGUGCAUUGCAUCACUUAAAAUUCGACAAGUCACUGUCUUUUCUUUCUGUGGACCUGACCUUGUAGCAAUUCUUGGGCUAUCCUAAUAUCUUUUGUCGAAGAAAAAAGCUUAUAACCUUGUCGGUAUUUAGCGAGAAAGUAGGCUACUCUAUUUCAUUUAGACUGAUCCCGAAAUGUGAUUUUGUUUCAGGUUCGUCCAGUCCAAGCAAAAAGAAACAAACAGAAGUUGUGCCAAAAUAUCGAUUCUGAUGAUAAAUCCCCAAAUUGAUGCUGUACGUUUCACUGCGUUUCACAAUCAGACCCAACUACGCAUAACACAAUAAGGGUAUAUAAUAUCUAAAAGAGAUUAAGUUCUAUAUGUUAUCGCAGAAUGCUAAGGCCCCCGUUCUCCGUCUUGACUUGUCGUGUACAAAUGCGAACAAAAUUCCACAUUAAGUAAUCGUUCGUUGACUGUACUACGUUCCGAGUUUUCUCUUUUUACUUGCACUAUAAAAGAAUGCGAUCAGCAUAGUUGCGUAAUUGGGGAGACAUUUCAGAGUUGGACAGCAGCAGCUGAGCUGGGGUUUUUUUGGGCUGAAUACAGCAGCACGUGACGUGAAUUACAUUCAGCGGUCGUCGAGUGGAAAAAUUCGAACCAGUCGGUUCGGUUCGAUAUGGCAGACAUUUAAGUUUUUGUCGUCAAGUGUACAGCGGUAUAAUAAUCUCGAGAAUCAAAUGAAAGGUUUUCAUUUUUUUGCUCUUACGCUCUUACCGUGCGAAACAACGGUUUUUACUUAACGUUUUUUUUUUACCGGUCAUUUGACACUUGAGUGACGCGGACCCCACCUUGAUUCAUGAAAUAUUUAUGUAUCACUCGACACCACAAUACAUUAUUCAUGUAUUAUUUUU